UUUUGCUUUAUAUCCGUAGCUUCAAGCGAGAGUAAGGUCUAUUAGGUUUGGAUUACUGAGGUYUUGGUGGUAUGGAUCUCUGUGUGACCAUCAAAGGGGUCUCCUUCCUCUUGCAAACAGGCCUGGGCAUAUUGGGGAACGUUGUUGUGCUUCUGGCGUACGCCAGCAUAAUCUGUACUGAACMCAAGCUACUUCCUGUGGACAUGAUCCUUUGCCACCUUGCCUUCUCCAACCUGAUGCUACUGCUGACUCGUUGUGUGCCACAGACCAUGACUGUAUUUGGGUUGAAGGAUCUUCUGAAUGACCCUGGUUGUAAGGUGGUGAUCUACGCCUAUCGCGUUGGACGGGCCUUGUCUGUGUGCAUCACCUGCAUGCUCAGUGUAUUUCAGGCCAUGACAAUAGCCCCUGCAGGGCCCAGAUUGUCAAAGCUGAAACCUUUGCUUCCGUCUCUGGUCCUUCCGACCUUUGCAGCAUUGUGGCUCCUUAAUAUGGCYAUUUGCAUUGCAGCUCCGUUUUUCUCCAUGGCUCCACGUAACGGCACCAUCCCUGCAUUCACCCUCAACCUCGGCUUCUGUCAUGUGGACUUCAGAGACAAUAUGUCCUAUGUUAUUAACGGAGUGGCUGUCUCAGGGAGGGAUUUUGCAUUUGUAGCCCUGAUGUUGGGCUCCAGCGGGUACAUCCUCCUGCUUCUGCACCGCCACAGCAAACAGGUGAAAGGGAUCCGUCGCUCUCAUGGCAGCAGGGCAGAAACUAGAGCGGCUAAAACUGUGGUGACCCUGGUGGUUCUCUACGUUGUGUUCUUUGGCAUUGAUAAUGUGAUCUGGAUCUACAUGUUGACUGUAUCAAAGGUUUCACCAGUAGUGGCUGACAUGAGGGUGUUCUUCUCCUCCUGCUAUGCCUCCCUCAGUCCCUUCUUUAUCAUUUCAUCCAACAAGAAGGUCAAGAGGAAGAUUGUGUGUGCAGCAGAGCACGACCAACCGUUAGUGGACACUCAAGAGUCGAAUGAGAAAUGACUCUGUCUCUGUCUUGACAGCCUGCCAUCUAGGAUGCAUUACAGCAAACCUAUAAAAUCUGUUUAUCUUUGAGCAUUUUUACCAAGAUAAUUAGUACUUCACUGGUCCUUCAAAUUUCUAAAAUACUGUAAUGGAUUAGGUUAGUUUGAGUAGAAGAAUACAGCAUUUUUACAACAACAAAAUCAAGAUGAGAUUGUAAUUUUAAAUGUAAAAUUACUACGUUGCAUGCAUGUA